AUGGACAUUGACAAUGAUUAUGAGAGAGAUAUUACUGAGGUUGCUUUGGACGAUAACAGCAAUGAGGAAAUAUAUGGACUUGAAAAUGUGUAUGACUAUUAUGGUGAAUCCGACGUGGAGAAUUGUUUUUAUGAUGAGUCAGUAGGUGGCAACCAUUAUGUGGAGCCAAAGCCGUCGAACAGCAUGCAGUCCCAUGUUGACGAUGGUGAUGAUGCGAACCUCAGUUUAGCUUGUCAGGCAGAGGAUACAAUAGAGCUGUACAUGAUGAUAAAGGAAAUGACUUUUCCUAGUGAAGAGGCUGCAUUCGAAUUCUACAACAGCUAUGCCAAAGAUAAUGGAUUCAGCAUCAGACUGGAUAAGGUCAGAUAUAGCAAAAAAAUUACUAGACAUAGGCGUUACAGGCGUUUUUUGUGUUCGAGGGAAGGUGAGCGUGAUCCAAAGUUGAUGACCGAAGAGGGACAUAGCCGGAGGCUCAGACCUCUGUCUCGAUGCAACUGUGAGGCGCACAUGACUGUGAAGCUGAAUGAAAAACUUGGUAUCUGCACCUACAAGAUGAAUCGCUAUCGUAUGCCAUUCAUACCUUUUGUUGGUCUGAACAAUCACCGUAGGACUAUGGUUUUUGGUUGUGCCAUAGUUUCAGAUGAGACAGAAGAAACUUAUGUGUGGUUGCUGCAAACAUUUCUGAAGGCAAUGUGUCAGAAGAAGCCUCUGAGUGUAAUUACGGACGCCGACUCAGCGAUGAUUAGGGCAAUCCGCACUGUAUUUCCCGAUGUCUGGCACCGCAUAUGUUCAUGGCAUGUUGAAAAGAAUAUGAAGAUCCAUCUCAGUCACAAGUCGUUGGGCGAGUUCCGGUCUAUGUUGUACUAUAGCACGUCCAUAGCCGAAUUUGAGCAGAGAUGGCAGGCUUUUUUAAAAAGAUGGAAGACGGAGAACACCGAAAUUUGGUUGAAGAGGAUGUACAGGAAGAGGCACCUGUGGGCUGCAGCUUUUCUGACAGAGGGUUUUUGGCUUGGUAUGAAGAGCAACCAGCGGAGUGAAAGUCUGAAUUCCUGCCUUCACCUGCACCUUGAUGGAGAAAUGACUUUAGUGGACAUGAUACUGCACUAUGAGAAUUGCAUUACACGCAUCCGUGAGAACGAGGCGCAUGAUGACUGCACGGCCUCACAGACAUUACCUGUGCCCGUAACAAGCUGCAGGGAUCUGGAGUUACAGGACAGUUUAAAGGACGUGAUAGCAAAGGCGAUUGAGUACGACAAGGAGGGUACGGUGGGUGCUGUUCCGAUUUGUCUAAGCUCAUUAGCAGUUGAACAUGUGGAGGACCGAGAAGGAAACAUAGUUAAGGUCCAGGAUCCUAUUAAAGUAUCAAGCAAAGGUACACAUAAUAAAGACGAUGACAACCGCCCCAAGUCUAAAAAUGGAAGACCUCUAUCGUACGACGAGCACAAAAUUAAGUGCGGGGCUUGCAAAGAGCCAGGUCACAACCGACGCAGCAAGAAAUGUAGUGGUCUCGUGCAGCAUCUUCUGUUGAAUGGCAACUCCAUUACCUUGUACAAGCUUCUCCAUAUUAAGAUGCAUAUGAAGUGCCCAAUCUGUGGAAACCGUGAUGGUGGUUGCCAACCAGCGUUCUUCUGCAUUAAUCUGCGUACAAACUUUGUAGAAUACUCUAACAUCCCUUGCUAUGUUAGGAAGUAUAUCAACAAGUCUGCUAGUAAUACCUUGACUGUUGAGUCUGGGGACAGGGGUGUUUACCAUUUUCUUCUGAACAAGAUGGAAAAGAAGACUCGUAUUUUCGGUCCUGACUACAACAAAUUCCUCACUGAUUAUGAUAUGCAUCUGAAUGAGAAGAUAAGAUUUGAUAUCAUAGAGGAAGAAGAAAAUCUGUUUGUUACUGCACUAGACAUUGAAGAUAACUCCAAGGAAUUAGUGAAAGAAGUUUUUCAUUUUGAAGGAGAUGCUAAAUCCAUCUUUAUCUCAAAAACUGUUGAACUUAAAAAUUCUGAGAUCAUCAAUAUCAACAGCCGUGUUAACGACCGUGGUCUGGGCCUUGGCGGUGUUUUUGUACAUCGCUUAUCUACAUAUGAUGUUGCUUCCAAUGCACUGCGUAUCCCGAAGACUAUUGUAUCUGUUCUUGACGUUCGUCCUAGUGGUGAUAUCUACUUUCUGAGGGGCGAGGAUGAUGAUGACAGCCCUGCUGUGUACUACACAUCCGUUGAUGGCAGAAUCAGGUUUAAGUCGGGUUGGACUGACUUCUGUGUUAAGAAUAACUUGGUGGCUGGCCAGUUAGUCAUGUGUUUGUUCUUCAAGAUGGAGGGCAUGCUUUUUAUGUCUGUUGAUGUGAUCGAGUGAUUACUUCCAGUAAGAUGUAGGGGUUUAAGUUUCAGACGAUGAACCUACUGUUUGUAAACUGGUGGAUAAUUUCACU